CAGAAAGAGGCGUGAACCUUUGAAAAGCUUUUUUUCGUUUUAAUUUUCCUCGAGAACUAAAUAUUUUUGUCGAAAUAGUGGAAAUGGGUUUUUCUGUAUGUGAUAUAAAGAGAAAGAUAGAUCAGGUUAAAGAGAAUGUUAAUCCAUCGACGAGGCAAUUAAACUAUCUAGGAUGAUGUCAAGAAGUCGACUGACUCACGAGAUUCAUCGCGAUUUCGAGGGAUUCGUCGAGCGGACGCACGACAUAUGGGACCAUCAAAUCUUGUACGUGGUGGACCUUGACUGCGACUACGCAGUUCAACUUUUACGUCUUGGCAACGAGAGCGACAUAUUCGUGGCGCCCAUCAAAUGGCUUCUGCUUCAAGACAGAAGAGCACUUGAUGCAAAUACGACGGACCAGUCGACCUACGAAAUCAUGGAAGCGUUCACGGACAUGAACGUUUUCCCCGACAGCGACGUAAUCCUAGCCACGAGACUUCGGGACGACUUCACGGAAAUAACAUCGAUCUACAGGCCGAGUCCUUCGCGUGGCGUGGUGCUGGAAGAUCGAGGGAACUGGACGACGGAUCGCGGCUUAAAAAUGAAGAAUCUCUAUCCGGCGUCGCGACGCAGAAAAGAUCUACAAGGGACGCUUCUGAAAUCCUGUCUCGUGAUGACGGAUCCCGAUACCAUCAACCAUCUAACCGAUUACGAAAAUAAGCACAUAGACCCAAUAACGAAGGCCAAUUAUCCCUGGGUACUGAACAUGGUGGAUCGGAUGAACGCGACUGUCAGUUUUGAGAUAACAAACUCGUGGGGAUAUCGCGGCGAGAAUAACUCAUGGAAUGGAAUGAUGGGGAUGUUGCAACGUCGAGAAAUAGAUCUGGCGGGCACAGGAACCUUCUUUGUUAAAGAACGUAUCGGUGUCGUCGAUUACGUGCAACUGUACACGCGAACACGCUCGAUGUUCAUAUUCCGUCAACCCCUAUUGUCGGCCGUGAGUAACAUAUUCACAUUGCCCUUUCAACGCUCGGUCUGGAUCGCAAUCGGCAUCUUUCUGCUGCUGGUAUUCAUUCUACUCUGCAUUUCUACGAAAUGGGAAUACCGCCAUCGCACUACGGAGUACUGGGAGACGUUGAAUCCGGCGGAGCAAACGCUCAGCGACAAUUUGAUGGUAGUCCUGGGUGCGGUCGCUCAACAAGGAUAUUACUACGAGCCGUACAGAGUUCCACCACGGAUCGUCACGCUAAUGCUUCUAAUCGCUGCCCUUAGCUUGUAUGCUUCUUAUACAGCCAAUAUCGUCGCUUUGCUCCAGUCCAGCACCGACUCUAUCAAAACCCUUAGCGAUCUGUUGAACAGUCCGCUCAAACUAGGCGCCCAAGAUGUCAUUUACAACCGAUAUUACUUCAAGUCGUUUCAAGACCCGGUGAGGAGAGCCAUCGUGGACGAAAGGAUCGAGCCAAAGGGCCAGAAAGAUUCUUGGAUGAGCUUGCCGGAGGGCGUUCGUCGCAUCAGAUCCGAAUUGUUCGCGUUUCACGCCGAGCGAGGCACGACUUACAAAAUAAUGCAAGAGACGUUUCAAGAAGAGGAAAAAUGCGGAAUCAAUGAGAUUUAUAUGCUUGGCGUGCUGGAUCCACUUAUGACGAUCCAAACUCGAUCGCCAUAUAGGGAAAUAAUAAGAAACGUCGCUCUUUUGAUGCUUGAGACUGGUCUGAAGUAUCGGGAAGAGAAUCGACUAUACACGAAGAAACCCGAGUGUCAAGGACAGACGGGUUUCAUCAGUAUCGGGUUCACCGAAUGCUACUUCGCGGUGGUCUCGAUGGGUUAUGGCGCAGUUCUUAGUGUCGUCUUGUUAGCGUUGGAAUUUCUUUGGCACAAAAGCAUAAGGUCAAGCGUACAAUCGGGUAGAUCAUCCACGCAUUUCGCAGGACUGCCAGCGACUCGAGUGAAAGAGGGAAGUAUUGUCUCUGGUGGAACCACAGCUCCAUCCUCGAUGUAACAACAGUCCUUCAAGAUGCACCU